AUGGCUUUUGGCAAUGUCAAUGAUAGCACGAUUAGAGAAGUUGAACGCAUUCAAGCUGAACUUAUUUUCAACUACGACCAGUUCACUGUGUUCUCCAGCUGGCCAAGGUUGGGGAAAUUGCUGUUCAGAGAUCGUUGGAAGAGGUACUCGAAUAUCUUGAAGAGUCAGUUCAUCAAUGCCGGCACCGACACAAGCCUAAUGACGCUACAGUGGAUCAUGGCAAAUAUAGUGAAGCACCCACACAUUCAAGCCAAGCUUUUUUCUAAAAUCAAGGCGGUGGUGGGAGAAGGAGCCGAAGAGACUAAGGAGGAAAAUGUGCAGAAGAUGACAUAUUUGAAAGUAGUGAUUCUCGAGACUCUAAGAAUUCACCCGCCAAGUACCUUCUUGGUACCUAAUGCAGUCUCAGAAGAUUCAGAACUUCUUGGCUACAAAAUCCCGAAAGAUACGACAGUGAACUUCGUGAUAUCACUGAUGGGGUGGGAUCCAAAGGAGUGGGAGAAUCCAAUGGAGUUUAGGCCGGAGAGGUUGCUGAAUCGUGAAGAAAAUGGAGAACCAGAUUGA